AUGUCUAACGCAUCUCUUAAAGAGCAACGUUAUGGAAAAAAUAAUGUUCGUCUAGCCAAGGUUAUUAGAACCGGUAAAUGGCAUGAGAUAGUAGAACUUACCGUUUGUGUUCUCUUAGAGGGUGACUUCACUGCUCCAUAUACCGAGGCUGACAACUCCAAAGUUGUUGCCACCGACUCGAUCAAAAACACAAUCUAUAUCCUUGCCAAACAAUCUUCCAAUGUUCAAAAUAUCGAAGUAUUUGCUACGGAAAUUGGUCUUCACUUUGUCACAACCUAUUCUCAUGUAUCCAAGACCAACGUCUCGAUCACCAAAUAUAAAUGGACCAGGAUGCUAUUUGAUGGCAAAUUGCAUAAUCAUUCUUUUCACAGGGAUGGAGAAGAAACUCACGAUACUAAAGUUAUUGUCACUAAAAAAAAUCCUAAAGAUAUUUCAGUUCAGAUUGAAUCAGGAUUGAAAAAUUUACUAGUGUUGAAGACAACUGGUUCAGCUUUUUACGGCUUUUUGCGAGAUAAAUCGAAAGACCGUAUUCUCUCGACAAAUGUUGAUGCUACAUGGACUUAUAACAUUCCAAAUGUAGCAUCGGUCAAAAACAACAGUGCAUCUGUGCAGGCUACCUUGUUUCUCAUGGCAAAACUUGCAUUAGAAAAAAAUUCACAAAUUGAAUCUAUUCAUUAUGAAUUGCCAAACAUUCAUUACUUUGAAUAUGAUCUCGACAGUUAUUGA